AGGAGUAGGAGUAGGAGUAGGAGUAGGAGUCUUUCGGCUUUUUUAACACACACAACACGCAGUGAGAGAGUGAGUGAGCUUCUCUCUCUGCUGAUGCUUCUGUUGCUUUCCAACGUCUCUCUGCCUCUAGCCUCUGAUCAUUCAAUUCCUCUCUCUCUCUCUACAUCAAUCCAAAUAUCCUUGCAUCAAUGCGUAGUUUCUCGCAAUUCACUCACGCAAAUAUGCAUACACAUACACCCCACUUUAUCUAUUUAUAGGAAACAAAACAAGAUAGCCACUUUACCCUCUGAAGAAUUUCAGGUCUGCACUUUUCAACAAGGCACCCCAGAAUUCACGUGCCCUAACAGAAUUCAUUUUACAUCUAUAUCUAUCUACAUAUGUGUGUAUGUGAUGGUUGGGCGAAUUUUUGAAGAAAAAAGGCGGUUUCUUGGUUUAAUUUUGUGAGAUGUGGUGGCUGGCGGUGGUGGUGGUGGGAUUGGUGGUUGUUGGGGGUGGUUAUGGCUUCCCUGAGGAGGAUCUAGUGGUGAAACUGCCAGGUCAGCCGCCGGUGAAGUUCAGGCAGUAUGCCGGCUAUGUCGACGUGGAUGUCAAAAAUGGGAGGAGUUUGUUUUACUAUUUUGUGGAGGCUGCUGAUGACCCUCAUCACAAGCCCUUGACUUUAUGGCUCAAUGGAGGCCCGGGUUGCUCAUCAAUGGGAGGAGGUGCGUUCACAGAGUUAGGUCCUUUCUUCCCUAGAGGCGAUGGUCGCAGCCUCCGAAUAAACUCAAAAUCGUGGAACAAAGCAUCGAAUCUUUUGUUUGUUGAGUCUCCAGCUGGUGUAGGGUGGUCGUAUUCAAAUACCAGCUCAGACUACAAUUGUGGCGAUGCUUCCACAGCAAUGGAUAUGCACAUGUUCAUGAUGGAAUGGUAUAAGAAGUUUCCUACGUUCCGAACCAGAGAUUUAUUUCUCACUGGUGAAAGUUAUGCCGGGCAUUACAUCCCACAAUUAGCUAUUGCGCUUCUAGACCACAACGAGCAUUCUAAAGACUUCAAGUUCAAUAUCAAGGGUGUUGCUAUUGGCAACCCGCUUCUGAGGCUUGAUCGUGAUAUUCCAGCAACGUAUGAAUUCUUCUGGUCACAUGGAAUGAUUUCGGAUGAAGUUGGACUUGCCAUCAUGAAUGACUGUAAUUUCGAUGAUUAUAAGUUCCCUAGCCCACACAAUGCGUCUAAAUCCUGCAAUGAGGCCAUAUCCGAGGCAAAUGAGAUUGUUGGUGACUAUGUUAACAAUUAUGAUGUUAUUCUGGAUGUGUGCUAUCCAUCCAUUGUAGAGCAAGAACUGCGUCUCAAGAAACUGGCUACCAAGAUCAGUGUUGGAGUAGACGUCUGCAUGAGCUACGAGAGGCGCUUCUACUUCAACCUUCCCGAGGUUCAAAAGGCGUUACAUGCAAAUCGAACCAAUCUACCAUAUAGGUGGUCUAUGUGCAGUGGCCUUCUGAAUUACAACGAAGCAGAUGGUAACAUUGACAUUCUUCCUUUGCUAAAGAGGAUCAUCCGGAACCACAUUCCAGUUUGGAUUUUUAGCGGGGAUCAAGAUUCCGUUGUGCCUUUACUUGGUUCACGUACAUUAGUACGCGAGCUUGCUCAUGAUCUCGCGCUCAAGAUCACAGUCCCGUAUGGAGCAUGGUUCCAUAAAGGACAGGUGGGAGGUUGGGUGACUGAGUAUGGAAAGUUGCUGACUUUCGCAACGGUUAGGGGUGCUGCUCAUAUGGUGCCAUAUGCACAGCCAUCAAGGGCUCUGCAUCUCUUCAGCUCGUUUGUCCGAGGCCGGCAACUGCCAAACAGCACACGACCUUCCAUUGAUGAAUAAGGAUGACUAAAGUGAGCUUGGUGUUACUUUCUUUGGUGUGUUUUGGAUUUGAUUCAGAGUUAUUUAUGCUGAGCUUGAUUUCUUAUGGCAUUUCUUAAAUGUUGUAACAAGGAAAAUCACAUAAAUGAUGGUGUAUUCAUUUUUUAUUUGUGAAAGUGAAUGGUAACUAGUAGUGUCAUUUAAGAAUUGC